AUGGAUAUUCUCUUGCAGACACCUUGCGGGCACAAUUUCUGCUUGAAGUGUUUUCAGAAAUGGGUUGCGCUAAAGAAGUUUACUUGUGUGAAAUGCUGCCGUGCAAUUCCGAGGAAGAUGGCGAACAACCCUCGCAUUAACGACUCGCUAGUUGCUGCUAUUCGUCUGGCGAGGGUUUCCAAAUCUGCUGCUCCUAGGGGAAAUGCCAAAGUGUAUCACUUCAUCAGCAACCAGAACCGUCCUGACCAAGCUUUUACAACUGAGAGGGCUAAGAGAACAGGCAAGGCUAAUGCCGCAAGUGGAAAGAUCUACGUGACUAUCCCGCCAGAUCACUUCGGCCCCAUUCCAGCUGAGAACGAUCCAAUCAGAAACCAAGGGGUGUUGGUUGGAGAGUUUUGGGCCGACAGGCUUGAUUGCAGGCAGUGGGGAGCGCAUUUCCUGCACGUUGCUGGCAUUGCUGGUCAAGCUGACUAUGGAGCUCAGUCAGUGACACUCUCUGGAGGCUAUGCGGAUGACGAAGACCAUGGUGAAUGGUUUCUCUACACAGGAAGUGGAGGAAGAGAUUUAAGUGGCAACAAAAGAACUAACAAGGUUCAGUCUUAUGACCAAACGUUUACAAAGUCAAACGAAGCUCUAAGACAUAGCUGCAAAAUGGGCUAUCCUGUCCGUGUUGUCAGGUCUCACAAGGAGAAGCGAUCAGCAUAUGCCCCUGGGGAGAAAGGAGUGAGAUAUGAUGGUGUUUACAGAAUCGAGAAAUGCUGGAGAAAAGUUGGAAUUCAGGGUAAAUAUAAAGUAUGCCGUUACCUGUUUGUCAGGUGUGACAACGAGCCUGCACCAUGGACCAGUGAUGAGCAUGGUGAUCCUCCGAGCGAUUUGCCUAAUAUCCCAGAGCUUAAGAAGGCUACUGACCUCUUUGAGAGAAAGGACACUGAAACUCCAUCAUGGGGUUUUGAUGAAUCUGAGGGUCGUUGGAAGUGGAUGAAGGCUCCACCUGCGAGCAGAAAGUCGGUUGAAGCUUUAGAUCCUGAGGAGAGGAGGAGUAUUAAGAGAGCCAUAAAAGCGGCACAAAACAACUCUGUCAGGGACAAACUUCUGAAAGGAUUUAGCUGCCCGAUCUGCCGUGAGGUGAUGAAUGCUCCGGUGACGACUCCAUGUGGGCACAACUUCUGCAAAGGUUGCUUGGAAGGGAAGUUCGCAGGGGUUGCACAUGUGAGAGACAGAAGCAGAGGCGGACGCACACUUCGUUCUCAGAAGAACGUCAUGAAAUGCCCUUGUUGCCCAACCGACAUCUCUGAGUUUCUUCAGAAUCCACAGUUAAUCACAAUCUCUUCUUCCAGUGUGAAUACAGAAGUGAUGAGUGUGAUAGAGGCGCUGAAGGAGAAAGUGGAGGAGCCAGCACCAGAGGAAGAAGGUGGAGAAAGCUCUGGAAACACAAGUGAAGAAAACAUGGAAUUUGAAGGUGGAAGCAUGGAGUCUGAAGAAGAGGAAUCUCAGAUGGUUGGGUCUGAAGAUGAGCCACCAACCAAGAAGAUGAAGCUCGACGCUGAGCAAGGAGCAGCCACUGCGUCUGUUUAG